AUGACUUCAGCGAGAAGUACGGACACUUCUCUUAUAUUUGAGGAAAAGGCACAGGCUGAAGGCAAUUCAGCAGCAGUGCGACGAUUCGGUUGCUUGUUUUUACUGUUUAAUUGUUUGCUUCAAGGAACCUACGACGGCCACAAUGGUGUAGUAUGGGACGUAGAUGUGUCAUGGGAUACCACUCGACUGGGAACAGCAUCCGGAGAUAAUUCGAUCAAGUUCUGGGACUGUGAGACUGGAACGGUACUGAAUACCAUCAACACUCCGACUCCCGCGAAAUCUGUCAACAUUUCCUUUUCGGGCCAUUUACUCGCCUACACCACACAGAAGAUGACAAAAAAUCCUUCGGUAUUGUGCGUAGUCGACACAAGAGACGACCAACAAAUUACAUCUGACUGUCCACUGUUUCGUACUCAUUUUGAAUUCGAUAACUCAGCUACGACAUGUGUUUUUAGUGGAGCUACCGAUUGCGUAAGU